AACAAUCGAGGAGAUUCCCAGUGCCCGGGCAAUGACGACUGCGACUCCACGCACAUUCGGACUUCCGUGGCCGGAGCUCAACGACGGAAUCCUCUACAAGGACGUCGUUUCGUCUUCCGAUCACGAGAUGACGCUCAUUCAGUUCUAUUCGAGCAAAUACAUAAAUUCAGCUCCAGUUGAAGGUUGGUUGCAGCGAAUCCAAAAUGGACAGAUCAAAAUCGAUGGGAGAGUCGUUAAGGAUCCAAACCAAAGCUUAAGCGCAGGAUUAGAAGUAGUCUACCAUAGACUUCCUUGGAAAGAGCCUGACGCGCCUUACUUUCUUGAAAUCCUCUAUGAAGAUGAUAAUAUGAUUGCUCUCAACAAGCCCUCUGGGCUGCAAGUUUUACCUGGAGGGCUUUUUCAACAAAGGACCGUCUUGUCGCUGCUCCAAUGGCGAGAAAGCGAGCAGAGCACUUUGUUAGCAUCACGAGAACCACAUCCUGUACCUGUCCAUCGGCUUGGAAGGGGCACGUCAGGCAUACUACUUUGUGCCAAGACAAAGAUUGCAAAGUCUUGCCUUUCCAUCUAUUUUGCGGAUGGAACAUCUCUCAUUGGAGGGUAAAGAAAUACCACUAAGGAGUCCAGUUCUGUCAGGAAAAUUUCAAAGAUAUACCGUGCACUAGUAAAUGGACUAGUUGACGAGGAUGAGGUUAUUAUUAGUGAGCCAAUUGGAGUAAUAAAGUAUCCUGGUGUUGCUAAAGGGCUUUAUGUUGCUUCCCCCUCAGGUAAGCCAGCUCUGAGCAAAGUUAAGGUUCUUGAGAGAAAUGUGCCGGGAAAUUGCUCUUUGAUCCAGGUUGAGAUCCAGUCUGGUCGCCCACAUCAAAUACGUAUUCAUCUUUCAUUUAUAGGGCAUCCCUUGUUGGGUGACCCUCUUUAUGUUAGUGGUGGGAAACCAAGAUGCUUUGAUUCUCAAUCUGUUGAUGAAGGUUUUGCGCAGGAUGGUGGGUAUUGUAGGCCUCAACACGCAGUUCCAGGGGACUCUGGCUAUUUCUUGCACGCACAUCAACUGCUUCUGUCACACCCAGUUACAGACGAGGUAAUUAAGAUAAUUGCACCUUUACCAUCUAUCCUCCAAACUCAAGGAGAAGCCCAGAGCAUUCAACAAGAGUCGGUUGGAAACUUUCAGUGAUCUUGCUGGGUAAGAACAACGCUGCUUGGCAAUCGAUUGCGCAUAAAUCAUCGUAAUUCUCAUAUGAAAGAUCGGGACCAGAAAUCUAGCAUGACUGCAUUGAGGCGCUGGGUCAGCGCGGGGAUGUCAAUGCAAAGCUUGUUUCCCUCUUUUUGGGUGUUGAGGGCAAUGUUUUCUGAUGGAUUAGGCCUUUCUUAUUCGCGUUUGACCCUUUUUUUGCUUCCAUGAUAAUUAUGAUUAGUUUCUUAGAUAAC